AGUACCCCUAAUCGUAGUCAACGAGAAAAUCACUGAAUCAGGACUGUAGGUACAUGUACUACAUUUCCAUAUGGAUGCAAUGAUAGUGUAUAUGAUGUGGGAAAUUUGACUAGUCCACAAGGAAAUAACGUGAAUGUGAUUGGACUCUUUCCCAAUACUCAAAGGCGGAAAUGCAGUCAUGGACAUCGUUCAUAUAAAAGACCAAGUAUACAUGUGCAUGAUGUCACGUUUGGUUCACUAAUUUUGCCUUACGUCAGCAGACUAUUAGGUCCACAUCACAUUCGUAGAAAAUUUUACUCUGCUCCAUUGAGAGUUUUGAAUGCGUGAUUUGAAGAAGCCAAAGCAAGUCUAUACUUGGAUUUUUUAACACCAGAAUAGACUGAACUCUAUGAUUAUGGACAAUCACAAGCUCUUUAAAUCACCGGGGAUCAUAGAUGAUAUUCUUUCUGAACAAUGCCGCCAGUUCCUUAAGCUCAAAUUUACAAACAAAGGAAUAGAUGCAGACAACAUAAACAACAUUCUUCGUCAUAAAAGAGUUCAGUCGUGUAUUCCAAUUUAUUUCAAGUUCAAGUCUACAUACAGUAUUUCUUACAAAUAUACUUCUACUAUUGCAUCCAAACUUUUUAAUUAUAAACAAACUUUGCAGUGCCUAGAUAUAGACCAUCUUAUACUUAAUCCAUCAAAGUGUUCUUGUUCUUCAUCUUCUUUCAACUAUAGUCCAGCUGGACAUGUCAUUACUGGUGAUGUUGAUAUAGUUGAAAAUGAGGACUUCAUAUCACUUAUUCUCGAAGGUCCCAAUCACAGAAAACCUCGGUCUUUCAAUUGGCGACAGAACUUCGUCUCCAUUAUGACUUCUCUCGAAGAUUUUGCCAGACGAUGGGCUAAACAUGAAAAAGAACUUGAUACAUUGUCAGAAUGGAUUAAAGGUAUAGGAGGAAUAUUAGAAUCCCGCAUUAGACACAUCAAAACAAAAAUACGUACUCUCUAUCCUUCUGUGUUUAGUAAAGCAGAAGUGAUAAACGAAUUAGAUAGAUAGGUUACAUGAGGAAAAUGUUUUUGUUCCAGCUGACAACGCUUGUAACAACAUUGUCUUUGUUUGUAAGGCCCAUUAUUACAACUGUAUUUUAAACGAACUUGGCUUUAAUUCCACUUUUGGUAAUCGUACUUAUACUCCAACUGCCCUUUCAAGAGAUGAAAUUUUUCAAAAUCAGUUUUAGACACAUUUAAUAUCCCAGUCAAGGGGUCGGAUGAAUAUGAGUUACGGUACCUAUAUUGGAUUCCUAAACUACAUAAAACCCUUACAAACAAAGAGACAUCGCUGGGUCCAAUAAAUAUUCUACCAAACCCCUAUCUUUGCUCCUCACGAAAAUAGUAACAGCUGUGAAGAAGAAACUUCAAACAUAAUGUGCGCUACAUAUGAUAUACACUGUAAAUCAAAUGUGGAUUCUAAAAAAAAUUCUAAAGAACUUACAGUAAAUUUGAAAUCGCAAAACAUUUCUCAAAUCAAUAUCAAAACGUAUGACUUUUAAACACUUUACACGACCAUUCUUCACGGUAAAUUAGAUACUAGACUUUUUUACUUCAUAGGCAGCUGCCUCUUCAGCAAAAAUGGAAAACGCAAAUAUUCAUAUCUAGUGGUUAGUCAUCCAAAACAUUACUUUGUUAAACACCACUCUGAUUCCAUGCACAAGUACUCUGAAGUUGAAAUAAAAAAUAUACUGGGGUUCCUCGUUGACAAUAUCUUCGUAGUCUUUGGUGAUCAGGUCUCCCAACAGUCUAUUGGAAUUCCCAUGGGCACGAAUUGUGCUCCUUUGUUAGCUGACCUGUUUUAAAAUUCUUAUGAAGCAGGAUUAUGCAAAAACCUUUACGUGAGUAGAAAUACAAUCUCUUGCACCGGCCUUCAGCUCUACAUUUAGACAUAUCGAUGACGUUUUAUCUAUUAACAAUAAUCAUUUUCAUUCAUAUGUCGAUUCGAUAUAUCCAUGUGAACUCGAAAUAAAAGACACCACAGAGUUGUCCACUUCUGCAUCAUACUUAGGUAGUUUAUUGAAAGUAGAUAUUAACAGCAAACUAACAGCUCAACUUUAUGACAAAUAGGAUGAUUUCAGCUUCUCCAUCGUCAACUUCCCAUAAUUAUGUAGCAAUAUUCCAUUAUCACCUGCAUAUUAUGUUUAUAUUCUCAACUAAUUCGAUACGCAAGAGCUUGUUCUGCGGUUGGCCAUAUUUUAAAUCGAAGCAGGCUUCUGACAAAGAAGUUGAUGGUCAAGGAGUUUCAACAAUCUUGUUUAAAGUCAGUAUUUCGUAAAUUCUAUGGUCGUUAUAACGAUCUAGUUUGCCAAUACAUUGACCUAUCAUUGGGUCAUAUGCUGUCUGACGUGUUUCAUACCGAUUGUUGGGCCGUUCUUGGCACACUGAUUUUGACUACGGAUAACCCCGUUUACCUGAUCAAGAUAUAGGGCUUAAGGCGGACAGUGUGACCGGUAGACAGGGGAUGCUCACUCUUCCUGGGCACCUGAUCCCACCUCUGGUUCAGGGGUCCGUGUUUGUCCAACACUCUAUUUUGUAUUGCUUAUAGGAGUUGAUAGAUUGAUCACUGUUCGUUAUCUUCGCCUUUCAUAAUUGAAGAUAUGUUUGAUUAUCUGAAGAUAUCUGUUCAAUCAUUGCGUGCGAUAAUUGAAUUUAUCACAUAUUUACCCCUUUAUCCAGUGGAUAUUUCACUCAUACGAUAACUUUUGAGUCCAUAUCCACACUUUGUAUUCCUAUGCCACGUGACGCAAUGUAAAUAAACGAAUACAUUUGCAUGGGAAUGGAUCAGAGUGAUGAAAUUCCCAAUAAUUCAAUUGUAAAAAAUGCUGGAAGUGGCACAGGUGUUGUAAAAUCUUCAAAGUUUGAAAACGAUGAAUUUAUAUAUGAAGUUAAGAGUGAGAGAAAAGGUUUGUCAUUUCCAUUUUCUAGCCUAGUUAUUGUCUUUUAAAAGUGAAACAGCCCGCAGUGCUCAGUGCAGUGCUCUCCCUGAUCAUGUUUUGUAUAGAUCGUCGAAGAUGAUAUUACUGACAAUUUUUUAAUGAUCAAGAAAACAAAAAUACAUUGAAAAUAAAGAACAUUAGGUGACAUGAAAUAACUGAAAUCACUUCUUGAAACCGUCUUAUUGGCACUCACCCCCGGUCAGAACUGAAUAGAUUGUGUAACUUUUUUUCUGAGUGAUAGUUCACAUUAGGAACUGAACACACCAAGAUCUGUUAUCACAUUUAUAUUUAUCCCUUUCCCUGGGGGAUGUCAACUUCCCAACUCCAUGCACCAAAUGAACCCGGGAUACGCCACAUUCAACUGCACACAAAACCAUUCCAUCACAAAUACAGCUGUAAGAACACAAGCACUGGAAGUUCUUAAUGUCACAAGAGACAUACAAAAUUUUCUGAAUGGCGAUGUACAUGGUGGGAAAUUCAUGGUCAACAUAAAAAACUGCGUCAUCUAUGACACAGAUUCGGAUAACUGACAUUUUUCAUGAAUAAUCACACAAUUUCAAAGUAAAACGUCUUAAAACUUACAUUUUUCUCUCAAUCAAAUAAUGACCUUUUAUGAAUUAGAUAUUGUAAAUAGUCAAUACUAGUAUCUAUUUUUAUUUACAUUUUCCAACGAACUAUUUCUAGCAGCGUAAUGUUACGAAAUAAUGUAGUUCGGUUUAAAGUAAACGAAAGGGAAUAUUUUGAAAUGCAAAUUAAAUAGUUAAAUCAAAUCAAAGAUAACAUAUGUUAUAAAAAGAAUCUUCCAUGGUUUGUGGUUGGAUGUGAUUGCUAUCUAACUCGUCGUGUUUUCUAUCCCCUCGCAAAGGCUCGGUUAUUAAAAACCCCCAAAGAACUCGUUUGAUAAUAAUCAUAUCCAACCACAAAACAUGGGAGAUCCUAUAUUGAUGCGUGCAACAAAUCAAUUACUGCUCUCAUCAAUUCAAUUGAUGCGCGCAUGAAUUCAAUUAUUGCGUGCAAUAAUUGAAUUGAUGCACGCAUUAGUAAAAGUAAUGCACGCAUUAAUUCAAUUGAUCCGCGUAUCAAAUCAAGCAUUGCUCUCAUCAAUUCAAUUGAUGUGCACAUCAAUAUGGUGGAAAUAUUGCUCGCAAAAGUUAAUUUAGAGUUUUGUAUAAAUGAUUUAAUGAACUCUUCAAUUCAAUUGAAGAUAUCUUUAAUUAUUUACAACGAUAUCAUAUUAGGAAUUAAUGCGCGCAUCAUAUUUUUUUUAGAUAGAGCAAAAACUCAAUUCAAGAGAUCAUUAAUUCAAUUGUGGUUAUGUUGAAGUGAAGGCAUCUCUAAUUAAUCGUUGUUCUCUCUUAAAGAAUUAUUGCGCGUAUCAAUUGCAUUAAUGAUAUUAUUAAUUCAAUUGAAGUGAGCAGUUUUUGCGUGCAAUAAUUCAAUUGAAGAGAUAAUUCAGUUAUUGCGGGCAUUAAUUGAAUUGUUGUUCUCUUCAAAGGAAUUGCAAUGCGCAUUAAUUUAAUUGUUGAUAUCAUCAAUUUGUUUGAAGACAGAACGAUAUCACUAAUUCUAUGAAGAUACAAUGUAUCUUUAAUUGAAAUGCUGUGUGCAUCAAAUGAAUUGAUGAUAUUUUCAACUGAUUAAAGAUAUCUUCAAUUAUUUGAGUUCAUGCUAAUAUGGCGCGUCAUACACGUACACGCUUUUAUUCUUCAGCAUAUUCCAUGCACAGUGAAAAACUAGUUUUAAUACUCCCUCGCCGCAGAAGUAACCGAUUUUCAAAUAUACGCAGGAUUAUAGACACAUUGAUAGAGCACAAAUUUCUUAAAUAUCUACAAGAUCUGGUCCGCUGGUUAAAUGGUUAAAAAGCUUGCUUCGCAACCGAGAGGCCCCUGGUUCGAUUCUCGAUCUCAGCUCGCGUCAAACAUUAGACGUUUAACGUAGGUAAUGACUGUUACUUAGCCAAGAAGAGAAAGUUACGGGUUGUUGUCAUUAACAUUGGCAUGAUAAAGAACCCUCACUAGUGGCGGGUUUGAAGGGGCGUAACCGGUUCCCCUCCUCCUAAAAUUUUCAAAUUUAAGGUAAAUCGUGGUCUCCUGUUUAGAAAAAUGUAAACGAUAAAAGAAGCAAUUAAUUUCGGAGAAUAAAUCACAAAAUCUUUUGAUUUAUUGAAUUACCUUUAUUGGGAGAACUUAGAUAUUUUCCCAAAAACCCUUAGAAUUUGCGUCAUUUCAUUUCAUUGAUUUCAUCUUAUUAGAAAUGACAGAGAAUAGUAAAAAUGACUACAUAAGAGAUAUAUUUCAAGCCCUAUAGAAUCUGUAAACUCCAGAAACUCUCGGGGGCUUCAUCCCCUAAGCCCCCACCAGGAACCAGAUCCCCUGCCUCAUAAAAUGCGCCCCCUAACCGCAAUUCCUGGAUCCGCCCUUGCUCACUACUACGACCUUGAGUGCCACACACAGGUUAAAUAUGGUACUUCGUCUAAAGCUGGUGACGUCUAUAUAUUUCUGAUUUUUUUUUAAUGGGACGUAAAUCAAAAUCCACACAUUGUUCUGCAGAAACGCUGUAGUUAAGUCUUGCAUGAUGGGUAUCGUCAGUCCAGUUGCACGAAGGUUAGUUAACUUUAACUGACAGUUAAUUCGUCAUUCACUCUUUCAUUUACACUGUGCUAACUAGACUUUAAUCAUCAGUUAAGCUUAAUUAACUAACUUCUGUGCAACUGAUGGGGGGAAAAAAACCAGCAAAAAAACUUUACUUUAGGUUUAAGUAUCCAUACCGAAAUUCAUAAGUGGCAGAAGGACAAACUACACGAAUUCUGCUUGCGUAACUUCUGUGUGUGUACGUGUAAUUUUCUGAGGCUCUACGUAUGAUUUCUGGGAUAUGUGGUAUAGAGUUUACGGUUGUUCAGUUGCAGUAGGUCCUCCUUAAUCUGUAGGGAAGUCCGCCGGAAUUAAGUAUAUGUACAGGAAAACCAUUCCACACCAUGAUGACGGUAUUAGAUACAAAUACAGACAUACCGAUAGUAGAUAUGUGCUCAUUAUAAUAUAUCAAUUCCCUGAUUUAAAAAUUUAAAAUGCAGAAUCUAAAAAAAAAAAAUCACAUUGCAUACAGGCAGUAUAUUGACAAACAAGGGCAUAUAACACGGGGAAAUAUUUGAUAAACAAAAUGAAGUAAAUUGAAUCCGUGUGUCGUGAAGGAAUCCGCAUAUCGUGGACAAGGCUAAUGGGACAUCGAUCGUCGUACAACGACUUAACGGUCCACUGAAAAGCGGAGGCAAUUUAUGCCAGGUUCCUUAACUGCCUCCUCCGACGUGAAACCGAAAUAAGCAGCAAAGAGGGAGAUGUGACGAAAGGGAAGAUGACAAGCCAUUUUAAAGUACUCUUGUCGUUCACGCAUAAAGAGGGCGGUGGUGGAGUUUACUAUAAACACGACGGGGAGAGAUUCUCUCAGCCCCACACCCUGAAACUGAACCAAAAUACGGACUACACGGUGGCUGUUCAGUCCCCCCUCAUUCUCAGAGAUAUGAUGAUUCACGGUGAGAGAUUCGAGGUCAAGGAGGUGGAACCUGAAAAGCGUCAUUCUGCCGAAGACUUCCGAAAAUUCUCCGCCACCUUCAACACAACUGGAUACAUGGUGGAAAAGAGAAACAAGCGAAAAGACAUCGCGGUGGCGCUAAUGUUUGAUGGUGACGUCACAUUAACGGUCGUGCUACAGUGUAAGUUUUACCAACAGACAGAAACAGAACACAGUUCCUGGGGAACCAGUCUCACUUGGAUAGAAUACGACUGCACACUGACCGAGGGCGAAACCGGAGUUCUAGUCAAGAAAGAACAAUAUGUCUGACAAUAUCGUUGGAUUUAGGCACUGACUAGUGUAUAGCUGCAUUAUUCUCAAUGUAGUCUUCCUCAAAAUUUAGCGAAGACGAUAGAUGAUUUGAAAGAAUAUUUCAAUACCGCAGCUUGCUAUUUGUACAUGUAUAAUUUAGUAUGUAAAAAUAGGAUUUAUUAUAUAUAAAUCUCUUCAGCAAAAACAAACUUUACACCACCAGAGAGUGUGUACAUAACUUUGCUUUGCAGAAGAUGAAAUGACGAGAUGAUUUCAGAGUACCCCCCGACUCCCGUGGACACCCCUGUGAUACAAUUAAUAAUUUUUUUACCAUCAUACAUUAGUGACCAGAAUAUUACUUUACGGUGUUUGAUAGAUUGACUACAUACGUUAAUGAUAAAUCAAUUUUGGGAGAACGCAAAAAGAUGAAAGACAAUUUUCGUUGUAAACCACAAUCUGUCAUCUUUGGCACCACGCUAGUAGUUACAAAGGUUUUCCACGCAUCAAAUGAAAUAGGAUUUUGCUGUGUUUAUAUGAGAUAUGUUUUUAUUAUGUGAUCAAGCAAUAAUACUAAUACACGAGAUGCAUCAAUAAAAAGACGUUUUUGAGGGAUUCUUGGGUAGUGUUUUUCUACUGAAUUUUCGAGUAAAGAUUUGUGAAUAAUGCAGAAAUAAAGUGGAUUCUUAGGAAAUGUGUUAAAUAUGGACGUUUAACAAUAUUAAACCAUUUACAGAAUGUUUUACAAAACAAAAGGCCCACAGGCCUAGUUGGUCACCGAACUGAACUGAAUUUAUUUCUCAUCACAAUUACACAAUUGUAUACAGAGAUUUAGUAUAUAUAUUUUAUAUAAAAGUGAUAGUAAUAUAUCACUAAAUGUUUUAAGGCAUGCAUGAGUAUGGAGAUAGGCAACAUAUGCAAUUUUAGAUUCGAGUAGUCAUUGGGUCGGGGAGCAUAGUUUAUUAAUAUUUCUUAUAAAGGAACACAAUUUUCUUAGAAAAGAUUGCUUGUUUGAAUUCAUUAUAUUUUUAAAAGUGAUGAUGUUUUUGAAACGUAUUUGUUUUGGUGAUAAACAUUGUUUUCUUAUAUCAAUCAGAGAUUUGCAAUUAAAUUUCAUUUAAUUCACA